AACGUCAAUACGACAUCGUCAAUGCCCUCUCAAUCCAACUCCCCCCUUUCUUUUAUAUACCAUUUUCCAUAAUUUAAUUAAUUAAUUCCCAAAUAACACCAUGGCCAAACCUCCCCUCUUCUUCUUCUUCCUCUUCUUCCUCCUCUUCAACCUCCCACCGUCCACCUCCGCCGUCCCUACCUCCACCGAAACCCUCCUCCGAUUCAAAUCCUCUCUCACCAACACCCUCGCAUUAUCCAACUGGAACUCCUCCGUUCCUCUUUGUUCCGGCGACCGCCGCUUCUGGACCGGCCUAAUCUGCAAAAACGACCAACUGUACGGCAUCCGCCUCGAGAACAUGAGUCUUGGCGGGACCGUCGACACCGCCGCUCUAGCCGGCCUCCCGACGUUGAGGACUCUGAGUGUGAUGAACAAUAGAUUUGAAGGCCCAAUGCCCGAUGUGAAGCGAAUAGGAGCUCUUAGGGCUUUGUAUCUUUCGAAUAAUAACUUCUCGGGUUCGAUUUCGGGAGAUGCGUUUGAAGGAAUGGGGAAUUUGAAGAGAUUGUAUUUGAGUGGGAAUGGAUUUUCCGGGGAGAUUCCGGGGUCGUUGGUGGAGUUGAAAGCGGUGGUGGAGUUGGGAUUGGAGGAUAAUAUGUUUGAAGGAAGAAUACCGGAUUUGGGUGAAAGGGUUUGGAAAUAUUUGAAUUUUUCGGGGAAUCGUUUGGAUGGGCCGAUUCCUUAUGGAUUGAGUAAAGACAGUAAUUUCACUUCCUACCUUGGUAACAAUGGGUUGUGUGGAGAGCCACUAGGACCAUGCAAAUCAUCCACAAAAAAAUGGUACAUUCUCAUCGGAGUGCUCUCCGGCGCUGCCGCCUUAACCCUUUUUCUCCUUCUCCUCUACUGUUUUCUCCGCCCUUCCAAAUCCUCCGCCGCCGUACACGACGACGCCAAAACCAGAACCAAUUUAUUUCUCUCUCCGAAAAUUCUUUUCAAAAGGCCGGAAAGACCCCACCGAUAUUCCUCGACCGACUCGGACGAGAACUCGAAUUUAAGUGGUCCGGGCGGGUCGGCUUUGUGUUUUGUGAGAACCGACCGGCUCCGGUUCGACUUUCAAGAACUUCUUGGGGCGUCGGCGGAAGUUCUUGGGAGUGGGAGCUUUGGGAAGUCUUAUAAAGCGAUGCUUUCAAAUGGGUCGUCGGUGGUGGUGAAGAGAUUCCGGGAAAUGAACGCUGCCGGAAGAGGGGAGUUUUACAGCCACAUGCGGCGGCUUGGACGGCUCUCGCAUCCAAAUUUACUUCCACUUGUUGCGUUUUAUUAUGGGAAAGAUGACAAGCUUUUGGUGUCCGACUUUGUUCCCAAUGGCAGCUUGGCUAGUCAUCUCCAUGGGCGAAAAUCAGAGGGAAAUGCAAGGCUAAAUUGGGGAAAAAGGCUGAAGAUCAUAAAGGGGGUAGCAAGAGGUCUUUCCUAUCUCCACAAGGAGCUCCCAAAUUUAAGUCUUCCACACGGCAAUUUAAAAUCCUCCAACGUCCUUCUCGACCAUAAUUUCUCUCCAAUUUUAUCCGACUAUGCUCUUUUCCCUCUCCUCCAAAAAUCCCACGCCCACGCCCACAUGGCCGCCUUCAAGUCGCCGGAGUUCUCCCCCGCCACCGCCGACCGUACCUCCAAAUCCACCGACGUUUGGAGCCUCGGAAUCCUUAUCCUCGAAACUCUAACCGGAAAGUUCCCCACCAACUAUCUCCGCCAGGGCAAGGGCGCCGACUCCGAUCUCGCCGCUUGGGUUGAUGCUGUUGUUAGGGAAGAGUGGACGGCGGAGGUUUUCGACGGCGAUCUGGUCGUCGGGGGCGGAAAUGAGGAGGAGGGUUGUUGUGAUUGGGAUUGUAAUGAAGACAUGUUGAAGCUUUUGAAGAUUGGGAUGUGUUGUUGUGAGUGGGAGGUUGGGAAAAGAUGGGGAUUGAAACAAGCUGUCGAGAAGAUUGAGGAGUUGAAUUUGAAUGAUGAGGGUGAAGAGUAUUAUUCUUCUUAUGGGAGUGAUUAUAAUGGGAGUUUUGUUUCUAAUUCUUCUAAUGUCAAGGGAAGAAAAACAAGGAAGAUGAUUACUAAUGAGGAUGAAUCUUCCUUUUUGAGUUAGGUAGUAAUAUUUGGGGCCAUGUGACUGACAGUUUGUUCAUUAUAAAUAUGGAUUUUGAACUUAGGUCGUCCAAAAUUUGUAUAAUAUAAAUUUAUUAAAUUUAGUUUUAAAAAAUAUAUAUUCUUAUUUGUAUUUGAACUUA